AUGGAGGAGAUGGGCUUUAAGGACGAAGUGGACAGAGCCAGGGCAAGGGACGGCAUGGACGGCCAGACCACAAAGAAGGGUCCGGCUGGCACAGCGGAGGCAGCAGCCUUUGUAACGGGCAGUGAGAAUGCUCCACCACGCAAGACCCCGCUCAUCUGCUGCGCAAAUGGCCUUGAUCAGGACACCUUUAAAAUUUGCAAGGAACUUCUGAGACCCUUUAAGAAGUCACUUCGGAAACUGCAUUUGCCCCAGCACCUCCCCGUAGAGAAAAAACUGAAGUACACGAAGGACGGUUUGACCGUAGUUGGGGACCGCAUCGAUCUGUUUCUCCAGCGGUACUGCAGGGCCUCGGAAGUCAAGCACUGGCAGAAGAUGUUCUGGCGGUUCGUUUCCCUCUUCUCAGAGAUGGAUGCAAAGCAGCUGCAGAAGCUGUAUAAGUACAUCAAGAACAAUCAAAUGGAUAAGUUUCUGCAAUUAUGCUGUCCUUCAGAAAAACCAGAUUCAGCUCCAGAACUCGAAGAAAAGAAACUGAAGCAGCUUUACAUCAGUUGGGGUCUCUGCAGAGGUCCAAGAGACCUGCAGGAACACCUGAGUCAGAGAAACAUUCACCACCAACACACCGGCAAAGUCACGGCCCAGCAGCAAGAAUGA